GAAGCAUGUAGCUGUCAGUUUUGUAACAACACUCCACACUAGUCUUUGUAUGGAGCCGAACUGAACUGUUUAUGGUGACUUCUCAGUUUGCUCUGUGUUGAUCGCUGUUUGAUAGAGCACCAUGGAGCCCCCACAGUCAGAGGGAGUGGAUACUGCGUGUCCCGGGCCAGAACAGAGUCCCAAACCCGAACUUUCGGCAGCGAUGCGGGCGAAAAUCGAGAGGAACCGGCAACGGGCGCUGUUGCUCCGUCAAGCCCGACUCGCUAGUCGUCCUUUGUCCGCUGUGGAGGGCGCUACAUCGGCCAAAGUCUCGAAGACCAUUGACUCCGGUGCCGGCUUCUUCAUCGAGGAGGAGGAGGACGGGGAGACAGAGCAGAAGACCAAGAGAGUGGUGCACCAGCCAGCUCCCGUUAUUGAACCAGACUACCUCCUCUGUGAUGAGUGUCAGAAACCCUUCAUGGACUCGUAUCUCAGCAACAGCUUUGACCUGAUUGUGUGUGACAAGUGCAGAGACAACGAAGAGAAGCACAAGCUAAUCUCCAGAACAGAGGCCAAGCAGCACUACCUGCUAAAAGACUGCGACCUGGACAAGAGAGAGCCUCCUCUCAGGUUUAUACUGAAGAAAAACCCUCACAACCCACGCUGGGGCGACAUGAAACUCUACCUUAAGAUACAGGUAGAGAAGAGAUGUAUGGAGGUGUGGGGUUCAGAGGAGGCUCUGGAGGAAGCAAGAGAGACGAGGGAAGAGAACAAAGAGGUGCAGAAACAAAAACGCUUCAACAAGAAGGUUAAAGAGCUGCGCAGGGCGGUGAGGAGCAGUAUGUGGACUAAAGACACCAGUGUCCAUCAACAUCAGUACGGACCAGAGGAGGUGGUGGAUCCAGAGGAGGACCUCUACAAAAAAACUUGCACCACCUGUGGACAUGAACUUUCUUACGAGAAGAUGUAGCCAUGCAUUGACUGUUGCAGAUUCAAAUGACUGGGACACCCAGAUCACAUUGGGUAAGGCGGUGGAAUAUGGAGUCCGCUUUAUGACUGAACUGAUAUUAGCAUUAAGAAUAAAAGUCCAUGGCCAUUUUAGGAAAAAUGAACUGUACAUUUUGGGGAAAGGGGUCCAUUUUUACACAAAAAGUGUGUCUGUUUUCAAAUGUCCUUACAGAUAUGUAUUGUUAUGUCUUUGCACUUGAUGAUGAUAAAUAAUUGGUGGUGUAUUCUUUU